CCCCGCCGCACCGUGCCUCCGAGCCGGGACGGCGGGGCGGGCCUUGCGGCCCAGGCCCAGAGCCCGCCCCGGCCUCAGGCCCUAUGUAAAGUUGGCGGUGGCCAAGUCUGGGGCAACGGGGGAACUCACGAGUCUGUUCCUUGCUCAAUCGCAGACACCCGCAGCGCCUGGUCUCCUGCGCCGCGGUGUCCCCAGGUCCCCAGUCGGGCGCCGUGGGCUGCUGAGGACAGCAUGCGGGACUACGACGAGGUGACCGCCUUCUUGGGAGACUGGGGACCCUUCCAACGCCUCAUCUUCUUCCUCCUCAGCGCCAGCAUCAUCCCCAAUGGCUUCAAUGGGAUGUCAAUCGUGUUCCUGGCGGGGACCCCGGAGCACCGUUGUCUUGUGCCUGACACUGUGAACCUUAGCAGCGCGUGGCGCAACCACAGUAUCCCGUUGGAGACGAAGGACGGACGACAGGUGCCCCAGAAAUGUCGCCGCUACCGACUGGCUACUAUCGCCAACUUCUCCGCGCUAGGACUGGAGCCGGGACAGGACGUGGACCUGGAGCAGCUGGAGCAGGAGAGUUGCCUGGAUGGCUGGGAGUACAGCAAGGACAUCUUCCUGUCUACCAUCGUGACCGAGGUAGGUGGCAGGUUCCUGUCAGCAUCUGAUGAUAAACGCGGGCGACGGGUGGACGCAGUACUGGAGAAAGCCCCUCUCAGUGGAUCCUGUUGCUGCUGCCUCUACCAACUGCUUCUCUGUGACCUUCCUCUCCUCCCCAGGUUUGGUCGGAAGAAUGUGCUGUUUUUGACCAUGGCCAUGCAGACUGGCUUCAGCUUCCUGCAGGUUUUCUCUGUGAACUUCGAGAUGUUUACUGUGCUCUUUGUCCUUGUUGGCAUGGGUCAGAUCUCCAACUACGUGGCAGCAUUUGUCCUGGGUAUGGACAUCAGGUUGGAGUUGAUCUUCCUGCAGUUACAAGACCUAAAUACCAAGACACCUCAGUCGCACCACAUUUAUGAUCUGAUCCGAACCCGGAAUAUCAGGAUCCUCACCAUCAUGUCCAUAAUCCUGUGGCUGACCAUAUCAGUGGGCUAUUUCGGACUUUCUCUUGACACUCCUAACUUGCAUGGAAACAUCUAUAUGAACAACUUCCUUUCGGCGGCUGUUGAAGUCCCAGCCUAUGUGUUGGCCUGGCUGUUGCUGCAGUACUUGCCCCGGAGAUAUUCCAUCUCUGCUGCCCUCUUCCUGGGUGGCGGUGUACUUCUCUUCAUGCAGCUGGUGCCCUCAGACUUAAUUUAUUUGUCUACUACCCUGGUGAUGGUGGGCAAGUUUGGAAUCACCUCUGCCUAUUCCAUGGUCUACGUGUACACAGCUGAGCUGUACCCCACUGUGGUCAGAAACAUGGGUGUGGGGGUCAGCUCUACAGCAUCCCGCCUUGGCAGCAUCCUGUCUCCCUACUUUGUUUACCUUGGUGCCUAUGACCGCUUCCUCCCUUACAUCCUUAUGGGAAGUCUGACGAUCCUCACAGCUAUCCUCACCUUGUUCUUCCCAGAGAGCUUUGGUGUCCCUCUCCCAGAUACCAUCGACCAGAUGCUAAGGGUCAAAGGAAUAAAACAAUGGCAAGCCCAAAGCCAGACAAGGAUGCUAAAAGAUGGUGAAGAAAGCUCAACGGUCCUAAAAAGCACAGCCUUUUAACAUUCCUCCCGAAGGUGAAAAACUAAACAGACAGCCUGUGUGUUGUCCGAAACGCUGUCAAUUACCAAGGGCUUUUCUGUUCUGUUGACAUCGUGUCUAAUGUACUCGUGGAUGGGUGCAUCUGUCCAGAGAGACACCUUCCUCCAGGGACACCAAGGCUAAUUGCAGACAGCUUGCCCAUCCCAUUCUAGUGGUGGACUUAGCCCUUCCAAAGAAGUCAAUGAGUCUCUUGAAUCAGUGGGACUUGGAAGACUAUGCGAAACUUUGUAAGACGGGUAAGGUUGCACAGAUAGAGAUGCAGGUCCGUUUUUCCCUCCUCUCCCUAACUGACAGACUCACAGGAAAAGGAAUAGGUGUUGCUCAGUGAAAGUGUGCUUGGCUAGGAUGCACAAGGCCCUGAGUUCCAUACGAAGAACCAGAAGGAAACAAAACUUCUUCAGAAAAUAAAUGAUUCCAUGGGAAGUUUGAUUUCUCAUCUUUCCUAAGUUACAAAACUCCUUACUGUGAUUGCUUCAACUCACAACAGGAGAACACAAGACCUAGGGCACCCUAGAGGGAAUGAAGGUGGGAGGAGGUACAUCACGUCAGCAGUGUGUGGGCGGUGACUGCUCAGUCCCACAGCCAGCUGUGCUGUGUAUGUCUGGUCAGAGUCCUGGGCUUGUCCGGGCCGUGAGAAAUCCACUGUUGAGGCCACGGCUUGGCUUCCACUGCUGUGUAAAUCAGAAUCCCUGGCUACCAGACACUUACCUGUGCCUUGAAGGGCAUGUAUGGGUGACAGAGUGCCUCUUCCUUCCCUCAGCACUGUCAUAGGAUUGUUUUGUUUGUCGUCUGUUGUUGUGUCUCAAGUUAUUCACCCUUCAGCAGAGACUUGGGAGCAGUGUUUCUCAGCUCUACAUUACCCUGGCUGGUGUACAGUUGCCGCCAUGGAAGUGCAGUUGCCCCUCCCAGCCUGAGCCACUGUCACUGCUCUGAGUGCCCAAACAAUAACACUAUGCUUGUUCCUUUUACGAUGUAUAAUCAUGGGGAAAUUCAAGAAAGAAAUGUGAGUUGUGUUGACAGUCUCUCAGAGUUGCUGGCUGCAGCCAUGUAACAUCG